CGACACACAACCACGACGACACGACACCACGUCCACAACUCCACUUUAGAAACAAGUUGCUGUUAGCGACAACAAGCCCAAAAUGGUUGUCCUCGCAGCAUCAAUCUGCACGCGGAGCGGAAAGCCCCUGCUUUCCAGGCAGUUCCGCCCCAUCCCCCGGUCGCGCGUCGAUGGACUGCUCGCGUCGUUCCCCAAGCUCAUCCCGGCCAACUCGCAGCACACAACGGUUGAGACCAACGACGUGCGCUUCGUGUACCAGCCGUUCGAGGAGCUCUACGUUCUGCUCAUCACCAACAAGGGGAGCAACAUCCUCCAGGACAUCAACACGCUCCAGCUGAUCGUGCGCCUCAUCUCGUCGCUCACGCCCGCGAUGAGCGAGGCCGCCAUCUUGCAUCACAGCUUUGACCUGCUCUGCGCCUUCGACGAGGUCGUCUCGCUCGGAUACAAGGAGCAGGUUACGCUGUCGCAGGUGCGGAGCGUGCUCGAGGGCGAGUCGCACGAGGAGAAGAUUCAAGAGAUUAUUGCGCGCAACAAGGAGGCCGAGGCCAAGGAGGAGCUCAAGCGCCGCGCCAAGCAGCUCGAGAUGCAGCGCCGCGAGCAGCAGCGCCUGGCGCAGGCGAGCCGUCACGGCGGCGGUGGCGGCCACGGACUGGGCGGCAUGGCGGGCGGCUACUCGCCCGUGUCGUCUACACCGCGCUUCGAGACACCCCAGCACGAGUACCGCACGCCGUCGCCAGCGCCAGCUGCGGCGGCCUCCAAGCCAGCCUUCCGCGGCUCGGGCAUGAAGCUCGGCAGCAAGAAGGGUAAGGCCAACGACCUCAUCUCGCAGCUUGGCCACGAGGCCGAGCUCGAGCCCGAGCCAGAACCGAUUCCCGAGCCCGAGCCCGAGCCCGAGCCAGUGGUCGCCGUCUCUGCGGACGUGCUGCCCGAGGUGGACAAGGAGGAGAUCCACGUGCUCAUCAAGGAGCAGCUGGAUGUCACGUUGCUGCGCGACGGUGGCCUCAAGGAGUUUGAGCUCAAGGGCGAGCUGCAGCUCCAGCACACGAACGCCGACCUGGCCAAGGUCAAGCUCGAGCUCGCGGCCGAGGACCUGUCCGAGGUGCAGUUCAAGCAGCACCCCUCCCUGGCCAAGUUUGCCGGCUCUGGCACCAAGGUCGUCGCGCUCAAGGACGCGUCGCGCAGCUUCCCGGCCAACGUCUCGGUGCUCCGCUGGCGCCUCGUUUCAAAGGACGAGAGCAAAGUGCCGCUUACGGUCACGGUGUGGCCCCAACCGCGUGGCGACGGCACGUCGGACGUUGCGAUCGAGUACGAGCUCGAGGCGAGCCACCUGACGCUGCGCAACGUGGUCAUCUCGAUUCCUAUUCCCCACGACGCCUUCCCCGUCGUCACCGGCGAGGGUGACUGGCAGGCCGAGCGCGGCUUCUUCACCUGGACGAUUCCUGAGGUUGACGCCAACGAGCCCUCUGGCUCGCUCGAGUUCCGCUCCGAGGGUGACGCCGACACCUUCUUCCCCGUCAACGUUGGCUUUGCGGCCGCUGGCUCGCUCGCCAAUGUUGGCAUCGUGGCGGCCAAGGGCGCGGUGGAUGGCUCGGAGAUUGUCUUCAGCCAGGAGCAGGUCCUCACGGUGGACAAGUACGAGAUUGUUUAGAGGGCGUGCGGCUGGCGCUGCCGCGACGACGCGACGUAGUGAAUGCACGAUAUUGUA